GUUCCCUGUGUGUCCCUGUGGUGUCCCUGUGGUUUCAGCAUCUCCUCGCACGGCUGCGGCCUGCCGGCCCCGCCUCUCACCUUUCACCUCCGGGGAUUCCGCUCGGCACUCACCGGGAAGCCCCAGUGGUGAAAAGAGCGGCGGCUGACCGGCAUCGCUGAGAGAGCUUUGCGGGCGCUGCCCGGCAGAGCUGAGGGGUCGAGCCUCUGAGAGGGUCCGGAAAGUCCCGGCGGGUCGGGGUUUCCCCACCGCCCCCGGGAUGACGCAGCCAGGCCCCCCGGGGGCGGCCGCUAAGGGCCGGAGUCGGGUGUCCCGUGCGCAGUGCCGCCGCCCCGCUCCGACCCAUGGCUCCGGCCCGGGCGCUGCUGCCCGCGGCGCUGCUGGCGCUGGCGCUGAGCCGGGGCCCCGCGGCCGCGCUGCCGUGCAUCGCCGAGUGCCCGGCAGGUACUUUCGCAGCGAGCGCGGACUGCGGAGCGGGCGCGUCCUGCCGGCCCUGCCCGGCCGGCACCUUCUCCAGCUCGGCGGGAAGGGACGGCUGCAGAAUGUGUCGGCAGUGCCAAGGACUAUUUCGGUAUUCAAAAACGUGUUCCUCCACGAGUGAUGCUGAGUGCACGUGCAAGGAGGGCUAUCGCUGCGGCGGUGAUGGCUGCACCUACUGCACCCGAAGCUGUGGCGUGGGCCAGGAGAGCACCAGGAACGGUUGCCAGACUUGCCGCAAUGGAACCUUUAAUGAUCAGCCCAAUGGCUCCUGUAAAAACUGGACAAUAUGCUCUGGAAACCAAGUCCUGGAACCUGGAACUCCAGCAAAAGAUGUCAUUUGCAAACACACUUCAGUUAAUCCCACUUUAGUCACUACUGUACCUACCACAUCUCUCGAAAUUCCAUUUUCUAUAACUGUGCCAGGGAAGACUGUUCAGACAGACAUGAUCAGGAUUUCUCUUGCUGUGGCUGGACUGUCGUGCAUAAUGUUUCUGCUGCCUUUGUGCAUCUGCUUCAGUGUCUGGCAGAAAAAGAAACUACACUCUGUCUUCAAGAAAAUGCACACACCUGAACAGUCAAUUCAGGAAGAUGAUGCCUGCAGCUGCCGCUUCCCUGAGGAAGAACAAGGUGAAUAUCAGGAUCCUGGCAAAUCCACAGAAUUCAGAGAUCUUCUGGUGAACUAGAAAUUAAACUAUGUCAGCCACAUUUGAAUUUUCUUUUUAAACACAGAACAAGAACCUGUUUAUGUAAAUAGAGUGGAUGUCAGCUUCUGAGUGUUAGAGCAGUAAAUAGCCAGCCACUGAGGAAAAAGUGCUAUUUUUUAAUAUUUCUUAAAAAAUAAUAAAAAACUCUCCAAAAAA